GGCGGGGCCUCGUAAAACCCUGAGCCAGCCAGGCUCGGCUCCGGCGUCAGCGCGGAGCAUGGCCCCGGGGCCACCUGCUGCCCGUGGGAUUCUGCUGCUGCUGCUGCUGCUGCCGCUCCUGCCGUUGCCGCAGGUGGCGCUGGGCUCCGCGGACCGCAGCUGCGACCCUUCGGACCAGUGCCCUUCCCAGGCCCGCUGGAGCAGCCUGUGGCACGUGGGGUGGCUGGGCCACAGUUGGCCCCAGGGUGCAGCUGCCUGGUGGCCGAGGGUCAGUCUGGUGGUGGGCCUUGCUCCUCUUGCCAGGCUCAUCCUGCUCGCUGUCCUCCUGCUGCUGCUGUGUGGAGUCACCGCUAGCUGCGUCCGGUUCUGCUGCCUCCGGAAGCAGGUGCACACACAGACACACCUGCCCCCAGCAUGGCAGCCCUGCGACCUCACGGUCAUCCCUGUGGACAGUGACAGCCCUGUGCAUAGCACUGUGACCUCCUACAGCUCCGUGCAGUACCCACUGGGCAUGCAGCUGCCCCUGCCCUUUGGGGAGCUGGACCUUGACUCCAUGGUCCCUCCUGCCUAUAGCCUAUGUGCACCUGAGCUGCCACCCUCCUAUGAUGAGGCCAUCAAGAUGGCAAAACCCAGAGAAGAGGAGCUGGCCCCCUCCCAGAAACCCGGAACUCUUCCUGGGACCUCGGGCCUGGAGACCACUCCAGGGCCCCCGGAGCCAAGCCCCAGUGUUCAACAGCCCAGCAGUAGUCCCUGCCCCUUGAAGCAGGCAGAAGGGCCCUCCUAGAGCCACAGCACUUGGAGGCCUGACUCCGGGAGCCCAGGUCCCCCAGCCUGCCCCAUUCUGCUUUCCCCCGGGACGUCAGCCCUCCAGCCCGCUGCUGCAGACCUGGCACGCCAGCCAGCCAGCCAGCCAGCCAGCCAGCCAGCCCUGUGUCAGCCACCCCCGAGGGCGGGCUGAUGCUCUCAGUUCGAGCCCCUGGCCAGGCCCCAUCAGGUCCUCAUCCUGGAGGAGGCCCUAGGGGCCCUCUGUGGUGUCCAUGGCUUUUUGGAGACAGAAUAAAAUUUAUGUCUGAA